AUGUCAUCCAAUGCAGGACAAAAUCCGCCUCCUUCAAAAGCGGUAAACAUAUCUAUAACCUCGUCUCCGGCAUACCACCCUUCAGCUCCUACGGACAACAGCUCUCAGAGACGUGGAAGCUCUGGGAAUUUCAAAGCUGGUCCAUCCUCCAGGAACUCACCCGCUCCAAGGAAUAACCAGGCUCGUAAGAACCAACACAAUCGGCAGAGAAAACCUCGGCUGUUGGAUGAUGACGAGUAUAACGAAUCGGCCGCUAUGAAGUCAACCACCAGUCGUAAAGGACAGACGUCCAUCACUCACUUGAUGAACUUUUCCCUUCCACCACGCCCGCAAUAUCAACCGCCUCCUCGCAAUGUCCGGCGGUAUAAUUCCUGGGGAGCGGGUACUGUGGACAAAGCACGUUACGUUCAUGCGAAUUAUAGAUUUAUUGUGAUGCCAAAUCAAAACUUCCACGCCCAGGCAGCAAACGCAGACGUUCAUCUCGACUGGGCAUCUGUUCUUCAAGUGCUUGUUUCGGCACAGACACAAGCUGCCAGUUGUCCUAUAUGUUUGUCUACUCCAGUAGCACCACGAAUGGCACGAUGCGGUCACAUCUUCUGUCUCCCAUGUCUUAUUCGAUACAUGCACUCGUCCGAUGACGACAAUCCUGUGCCUGAAAAACGGCACCGGUGGAAAAAGUGUCCCAUUUGCUGGGAUUCGAUUUACAUAUCGGAGACUCGUCCUGUUCGGUGGUUCCGUGGUCAGGAAGGCGAUCUUCCUAUCGAAGGUGGUGAUGUGGUACUGCGACUGAUGAAGCGCGGAUCAGGCAGCACCCUUGCUCUUCCUCGUGAUGGGUCAGAGACCCAUGGAGCAGACCAGGAUAUUCCAUGGUAUCACGUUGCGGAGGUCGCAGACUAUGCCCGAAUCAUGAAAGGAGGUGAAGAAUACAUGACCUCUCAGUAUGAAUCCGAAGUUGAAGACCUCCGCAAACAAGAAAUUGAGGAUGAGCUACUUUUUGGAGAUGAAAAUACCUGGACGCGAAAGGCAAUCGGUUCAAUCAAGGAUGCCACUGAGAAGCUAAACGGUAUUGGCAAUCCACCCGAGGUCCUGCCAGCAAAGGAGCGCUCUAUUGCACCUGCAUCUACAUGCGCCUCCUCGGUGACUUCCACGUCUACGCCAGCUACAUCAGAUGAAACAGAUCACAUCUCCCAUGCUAUGGACGGUGUCCACCUUGAUACAGAACCCACCUCCAAGUCCAAAGACAAAGGGCGCCGCAAGGAAAAGCAGUCAUCUUCCGGAUCAGAACAGCCAUAUUACUUCUACCAGGCUUUGCCUCAAUUUUAUCUCUCUCCUCUCGAUAUUCGCAUUCUAAAGGCUGCAUUUGGGGAAUAUGCACAGUUCCCUGCAACCAUUCUACCAAGAGUGGAGCACAUAUCAACCGGCCAUAUAGUUGAUGAUGAACUUCGCAAGAGAGUAAAAUAUCUCGGGCACCUGCCACAGGGAUGUGAAGUUAAUUUCCUCGAGUGUGAUUGGAGGGACGUGGUUGUCCCUGAGAUCUUGGCGCAAUUCCGCACUGAAACCGAUAGAAGACGAAAGCGCAAUCGAGAAAAGGAAGUACGGGAAGAAAAAGAUCGUAUCCGUGCAGAGAAGAAAGAAGAUGACGAACGAUGGGCUUCUGCUCGGCGCAAGCGACCAAGCAUCGGAGCUUCCAGUGAAGCUCCCUUUUCUGCUCGUGAUUUCCAUCCGCUGCCUAACAACAUCGAUCCUCCGCUGUUCGACGCCGGCGCUUCAUCGGCGUCCCCUCCACGCGCAUCGUCAGGAUUUGGAGCUUUGGCAUCCCCUUCUACUAGUCCCCCAGGUUCCCGUACUGUCUGGGGAACAACGGCAGUGGCCUCGCUCUCACCCAGCCUUGAAGUUCAAGGAGUAGCUCCCAGUGACGGCUGGCGACAGGGUUGGGAAGAUGAGCUGUUUGCUCAGCAAGAGUCUGAUCUAAUGGCUCAAACAGCAAUUGCGGAUUCAAAUCCCGGUCCAUCAACUGGUGGCAAGAAAAAGAAGAAAAACAAGAUUACCUUGAUGUCUACUAACAUCCAAAGAGGAGCGUAA